GAAUCAACGAUAACGCAGAAAAAUAACAUCCGAACGGUUGGUAAAUUAAAACUGCGAUUUGAAAUUUUAUCAGCGAUGCCUCGAAAAAGUUCGUUUUCCUGUUUCACAUAAGUAGGUACAAAGUCAUACUGCACAAUGAAGAUUUUGCUUUUGAUAUCAUUUACCUUGGCAGCGAUUGCUUCGACUCGAAGUACAAACUCGAGUGAGGCUCGUGAUAUCACAACACUGCUGAAUAAUACCAUAGCAAAAAAUUUCCAAAAUAUGGAUUCAGAAACGAUCUGCUCGUUUAUACGCAGAAUGGCGCUCCGAAAUUCGCCCACAUCCUAUGGUGACGAUUUUCCGAGAGUGUUUUAUUAUUUUACAGGUUUAAAAGUAGAAUCUGCCAGCUUACGUCAUGAAUUUUACAGCAAAACAAUGACCAUACUCUUCACCUCCUUAUCCAUCGAAAUGAGAGGAUACUUGGAAGCAACUCCUCUUACAUCUAACGAGAGUUUCGCACUAUCUCUGAAUUUUAAAAACAUCUCCAUCGACGUAAUAGCAGGCUCACAAUAUGAUUUAUGGUACAAGGAUGGGCUCUAUCUGUACAUUGAUUUCGAAAGUUACGAAUCUAAUUACAUAUAUUCGCCUCGGUUCUAUGUAAAUUCAACACCAGAGGUUCAACAUCAAAUGGAAACACUGAUCGAAUUUUUAUCACUACCAUUAUUCCAGUUCAAUUUACGAAAAAACGAGGACUUUAAGCAAAUACUCGAUGCAACGUUUUGCCAACAUCCUGAAGAUGAGAUCACGUCGUAUUAUCCCUCAUUAGAUAUCGUCGAAACGAAAUGUUACUUCUUCAUAUCAAAUUUCACCUCUCUACAUCGUACCCUGAGUAAUAUCACCAUCAUAGGAAUGCACAAUUUUCAUAGUCACUCGUUCGUCGAUGUCAGCACCCUGAUAAUUGAAGAUAUUCAAGGAACGACUAAUUUACAUUACGAAGGGCGAAAUUUCACAAUUUUUCCAUUACACUUCGAAAUAGGCUUCAUUUCGAUAUCAGUUGAUCGAAAACAGCAAAGAAUCAAUGUGACUGCGCACAAUUACACGAUUAUUGAGACUAAAAUGAACGUAUCGUUGACGGAAUAUCAGUCCAAAUGGGUAAUGGAAGGGAUUCAAUUGGCGAUUGCGUCAUCGAUAAUGCCAUCGAUGAAAUAUCAAAGAAACAGGAAAGAAUCCACCAAUUCACUUGAAAAACACCCGAUUGUGAAAAUAAGCACAAAAUUAUCUCAGCAAUUCGAGAGUCGCACGAUACAAAAACUGUACGAUGCUAUAACGAUACCCGAAAGCUUCAAGGCAGAGACUACUAUCCAAAUAGGAUCAUCCAUUUACAAUAUUUCAAUUGAUCCUAAACCGGAAACAGCAUUGAAACCGUAUCCAGCUUGGAUCAUAUGUAGUCUCUACAACGAAUUGCAGAUCCAAUUCAAAACCUCUUAUUGGAUGGGGAAAAUUAGCGUGCUCAAUACCACACACAAAUUCAACGAAAUUGAAUUUGAAAUGGGCGAUGUUUUCGUCGGAGUAAACAAACAAAAUAAUUCAAAUGAUUUCGUAUUGGAAUCCGCUCCAACCUUUGACGUUCAACUGCUCUCAAAUCCAUACAAUUUCACUGACCAAGAGCGAUUGCAGAUAGCACAAAAAACGCAACAAACGAUAGUCUCAUUGAUUGAGAAAACAGUGUCCCGUUUCGCGGAACCACUGCUUUCUUUACCAUUAGACUACUGUACCGCGCCAGUGAAAAUUUUCGACGACUUGCUGCCUUUCUACGCCGAUCACGAAUUACUCUUUCAUGUACCUGAUGGCAGAAUUACAAACGAAUCCUUCAUAUCGAAUGUAAACAACGUGAUAAUCACAGAGUGGGCGAAACGACCCUCUGCUGUUGUCACGUUUGAUCAACACCUUGUCAAUGGAAGCGUGAUCAUAUCGACAAAUGUUGAUUUAAAUUUGGCAGUGGCUAAAAUUCGAAUGAAUUUUAACAAUAAUAGAAUGAUACCAUUUCAUGAGCUGCAUCUGAGGCUGGGUUCUUUACAGGUACGAAAUUACACAGAUAUUGCAGAGAUAGCAGUAUUAUUAAAUUCGUUUCCGUGGGAAAAGUUUUAUUCUGAGGAUAAUAAAGAGGUCUCUCUCUCCACUGAGAAAAUCGACUGGAUUAAGAUGAAAUUACAAUAUAUACUUAACGAAUGUUUCAAUAAUCUGACCAGUCUGAUUUUUUAAUUUCAUUUUCAUUUCAAUUUACGUAUCAAUUACUUAUUAAUUUUGUACAAAUUAAAAACCUAAAAUACGA